GAGAGAGACUACUUGGAUUGCUAUUGGAGUACUUGCGGGUUCCCUUCAAUCUCAACCAUUCUCAUCGCAUUUCUCAAAAGGAAGCGGUCAAAAGGAACAUCGGCAAUAGUUCAGGAUUCCUUGGUGCUGUUCAAGUAUAGAGAUUUAAGAAAAGCAACGGACAACUUCUCAAGAAAACUUGGGGAAGGAGGUUUUGGUUCUGUUUUCAAGGGGAUAUUGCCCAAUUCAACUGCCAUAGCAGUGAAAGAACUUAAAUAUCUGGAGCAGGGAGAGAAGCAAUUUCGUGCUGAAGUGGGGACAAUCGGCACAAUCCACCACAUUAAUCUUGUUCGCCUUUGGGGAUUUUGCGCAGAAGCUUCAAAACGACUUCUGCAAUCUCUUUUUCAUCAAGAGAAUGCACUAAUGUUAGAUUGGAAAGGUAGAUAUCAUAUUGCCAUAGGGACUGCCAGAGGAUUGACUUACCUACAUGAGGAGUGCCAAGACUGCAUAAUACACUGUGAUAUUAAGCCCGACAACAUUUUGCUGGAUGCAGAAUACAGUCCAAAACUGGCUGACUUUGGUCUUGUGAAACUUGUCGGAAGACACCAUAGUCGCAUUCUAACAACCAUGAGUGGAACUGUAGGUUAUCUUGCACCAGAAUGGUUUUCAGGUGAAGCCAUCACGCCAAAAGCUGAUGUCUUAAGCUAUGGCAUGUUGCUGAUUGAGGUUAUAUCAGGCAGGAGAAACAGAGAAGGGUUAGAUGAGGGGUUAGAAAACUACCGUCCUAUCAGGGUUGCAAAUGUAGUUAAUAAAGGAGAAGAUGUCGUUACAUUGUUGGAUUACAGGUUGGAAGGUCGUGCUGACAAAGAUGAACUCGCUAGAGCAUGCAAAGUCGCUUGUUGCUGCAUUCAAGAAGAUGAGAAGGACAGGCCAACAAUGAGGCAGAUUGUUCAAAUUCUCGAGGGAGUUUCAGAUGUCAGCAUACCCCCAAUCCCACAGUUCCUCCAGCGC